AUGCUUGGUCCAACUGGUCACGGAUCUCAGUAUAAGGAGAUUGGCCGUGCAAUAGCUACCUUGAUGGCUGAUGAGAUUUUCCACGACGUCGCGUACAAAGCUCGAAAUAAGGAGGACUUACUCGAUGGCGUUGACGAGUUUUUAGAUCAGGUUACGGUACUGCCACCUGGAGAAUGGGAUCCAACCAUUCGUAUAGAGCCACCAAAUCAAAUUCCUUCGCAAGAAAAAAGGAAACAGGUGGGUCAAGAGAUGCUUCUGGAAGGCGUUGAAAUGUCCAAAGGACCGGGGAAAGGAAAGGAAGAACUUGAAGAGGAAGGCCAUGGUAGCGACCCAGCAUUGAAGCGUACUGGUCGCUUAUUCGGUGGUUUAAUUCUGGACAUCAAGCGGAAGGCGCCUCAUUUCCUCAGUGACUUUACCGACGCACUGAACCUGCAAUGCUUGGCCACAGCAUGCUUCAUGUAUUUCGCCCUUUUGGCGCCAAUCGUCACAUUUGGUGGACUGCUUGAGGAAGCCACACACCAACGUAUGGCAGCAAUGGAAAAUAUUCUUGGAGACUACGGUGUCGUACUUCUCGGAGUUACGACACCACUGGAACACUGCAGAUACGUUGGUGCCGAAUAUGCAGGAACGACUUGCUAUCCAUUGUACGACAAGCUGCUGAUGUCUGUCCUCCUCACAAUUGGGACGUUCACUUUGGCUAUUACUUUCAAGAGGAUGCGCAACUCAUGCUAUUUCCCGUCACGAGUUAGGCAGAUAUUCAGCGAUUUUGCAGUCAUGAUAUCCAUUGUCAUAAUGACCUUCAUCGAUAUGUCGGCUGGUGUGAACACUCCAAAGCUGCAUGUGCCGGGCACGUUCCGUCCUACCUGGGAUGGACGAGAUUGGUUUAUUCCUCCAUUCGAUGGAAAUCCAUUUUGGACUGCUCCUCUGGCAGCUUUACCUGCUUUGCUAGCGUGCAUUCUGAUAUUCAUGGAUCAGCAAAUCACCACUGUUAUCGUAAACCGGAAGGAAAACAAGCUGAAAAAGGGAUGUGGCUACCAUUUGGAUUUACUCGUGUUGGCUAUUCUCAUACUUAUCGUCGGUGUGCUUGGUUUACCGAUUUACGUAGCUGCGACUGUGCUCUCAAUCAACCACAUCAAUUCGCUGAAGGUGGAAAGUGACUGCAAAGCUCCCGGAGAAGUAGCUCAAUUUGUUGGUGUACGGGAACAACGUGUAACUGGUAUAGUGACAUUUGUUAUGAUCGGUUUAUCCGUGCUGAUCACCAACUUCCUUGCAAAAAUUCCGAUGCCUGUUUUAUACGGAGUGUUUCCUGUAUAUGGGUAUAUCGGCUCUGGGUGGUAUUCAACUGUUCGACCGUAUUCUUCUACUUUUGAUGCCGAUGAACCCGAUACAAUCUACAUUCGUCACGUGCCUAUCAAGAAGAUUCAUUUGUUCACAGCGUUCCAAGUUGGAUGUCUAGCAGUUCUUUGGACGGUGAAAUCUAUCAAGACCACCUCGCUCACAUUCCCAAUCAUGUUGGUUGUGAUGGUCGCUGUGAGGAAGCUGAUGGAGAAAUUCUUCACUACGACUGAUUUGAAGUACUUGGAUGACCCGAUGCCCGAUUUCCAUCUCAGAAAGAAGGAGGAUCUGAAGAGACGACAGAGUGUAGAAACGGUUGACAUAGAGCUUGAGGACAAUCAGGCGACUAUCCAUGCAGUGAAGACAGAGGCGCAUCUCCACAUUCCAAUGGCUAGUGGCAACGUGAUCAAGAUUCCGUUGGCAGCCAUUCAAGAACCGAGUCAUUCGAUCAAUAUGACGAAAGAAGUCAAUAGCAGCGGUAUGUGGAAGCACAUUAGUUCGCGCGACUCGAAAAAUUCCCUCGAUAAGGAAAUGCCGAAGACUGCAGUG